AUGAGAGAUUAUGCGCCCCAUUACUUUUUCCCAAAAAAUCACUUUUUUCCUCAGAUAGUGCGCGCACUAUACGACGUGAAACAGGAUAUAUUGACGGGAAGUGUGACUAUUGGCGCAAACAAGGCGUACGGACAGCGAGUGUCAGUCUAUGGACACGACUCACGAAACAGUGUAGGUCAAAUCACAGACAAACGAUAUAUUGACGGGAAGUGUGACUAUUGGCGCAAACAAGGCGUACGGACAGCGAGUGUCAGUCUAUGGACACGACUCACGAAACAGUGGUUCGAUUGGGAACGGGAUCUCUACGUCCGUAACGGCAAGUGUUUCGGUGUCUAUGAGUUGGGAAAACCGGAAUAG